CGCUUUCGUUGCGACAAGUUGUUGCUGUGUUUUUGCCCAACACACAACCAAAGAGCAAAACUAAUUUUGUUUUUCUCCACAUAUUAUUUUGAUACCGUUUGUUGCACUCGCCUCGUGUUGAAAGAGUGCGAGAGAGACAGAGCUAACUAGCUAGCGAGCGAGCGCGCGCAAAUUCUUGUGUUUGUUUUCCAUUUCCUUUUACUGUAAUGUGUUUGCCUGCAAUCGUAACGGUGCAGCUUGUCAGUGUUGUAAAGCGCUAGGAGCAUGGCUCGCAAGGAUGAUCCCGUUCUCAAUGUGAAAUUCGUGCAGCUGGUCGAGAAUCAGCCCUGCCUAUGGAAUUACACACAUCCGGGCUAUAGCAAAAAGGAGGAGGUGCAGAAGGCCUGGCAACAUGUGGCCAAUGAAAUAAAGGACACAGUUCGGAAUUCACGCGAGCGCUGGCGCACCAUUCGGAGUAGCUUCCUGCGAUCCUUGAAGCUGGCACGCACCCAGACGGGUCGCGGCAAGCGCAAAUACUACUUGUCCAAGUAUCUGCAGUUCCUGAUACCCUACACAAAGUCGCGAGCCUGUCACAAGCAGCUGCCGCUUGGCCAGCCGCCCAAUCCCAAUCCGAGCUCGAAUCUCAAUGUCAAUUCGAACUCGAACUCGAAUCCAGGUGGCGGAAUGGUGCUGCGCAAGCCGAGCACCUCGACGACAACGGUGACAGCGGCAGCCACAUAUCUGACGCGAAUCGGACAAAUGCGACUGCUGGAGCAGCAUCAUCAUCAUCAGCAGCAGCAGCAGCAGCAGCAUCAGCUGCAUCAGCAGGAGUUGGAGCUAGAGCUGGAGCUGGAGCGGGAACGGGAGCGGAAGCAGCAUCAUCAUCAGCAGGAGGACGACACCAAAGACAGCAAUGGCAGCCACGAGGAUGAGGAGCAGACGGCAGAGUCUCACGACGAGCAGGACGAGCAACGGCACGAGGCAUCGGCUGUGUCGCCGUUGCGACUGCAAGCCAUCAAAGUGGAGCACCAACACCAACAGCAGCAGCAACAACAACAGAGCACAGAGAAAAUUGCUGCUGCAGCUGGUGCACAGCACUCGCUGGUCACGUUGCCCGUGUCGAUGGCAGCGGCGCUGCGCAACAACAUGGACUGGACGAUGACCGAAUGGCUCAAAGGUAGCGCCAACCAGUUGCACUACAACAGCAAUAACAACAACAGCAGCAACUGCAACAACAAUCUGGCAACAACGCCACCAGGUGCAAGCACACCUGCGCCCGCAGCCUCAGUCGCUGCCGCGACGGCAGCAGCGCCAGCACCUGGCCUAACGCUCGCUCAGCCCGACGCCGAUUACUCGUUUCUAAUCAGCCUGCAUCCGUAUUUGAAAGAAAUGAGCGGCAAACAGAAUCGUAGAUUUAGGCAAAAAGUCGUAGGACUCAUCGACAAUGUGUUGGACAAUUUGGAUGUUUAGAAAACAUAUAAAAUGAAGAAACAAGAAAGAAGAAGAAAUAACCAACAGUGCCCAUUUGUUAUAA